GUGCAAGGAGAGGGAUCAAGUGUUUCUGUUCUGAUUUCUAACACUGGUCUAACUGUACACAUCCGAAAAGCCCUUAUUAAUAUGGUAAUGAUCUGAUAUGAGCCGCAGAAACGCGUUAAACGCCCCACGAUAAACCUGUUCAUCGCGAUGGCACAGACGCGCGAGGACGCUCUCCAGACGAUCACAGACAGCGAGGAAGAGUCCGCCUUUUCUUCAGAAGACGACGAAGAUUUGGAGGAUGAAAGCUUUCCUUUUCAGGAGAGUUUUGAUACAACAAAGGAUACAAUUUGUAACGAGAACGUGGCACCUUCUGGUGCAUAUCACACAAGAGCAGCACGCAAGCUUUGUUCAGUUUUCAGUGCUGCAGACAAUCUUAACCAAUGUGAUAAUGACCGUGAGCAGAUGCCUGCUGCAAAGAGAGCCAGGACUCUUUCAUGGAAAGCAGAGACUGAUGUUGACGGGGCUCCACAGACUCUGAGAUUCCUGCCUGCUCGGGAACCUGGACCGCAGUUGUCUACUGCUGACGCGAACUCUCCCAUGAGUCUUUUCAAACUGUUUUUCACAGACAGCGCCGUGGAUAACCUGUGCCACAACACAAAUGCUCAGGCCGCCAGGGCAGCUGCAAAGGGCCGCAAGUACAAGUGGACCGAUGUCAGUGUUGAUGAGCUUUACCGCUACAUCGGACUCGUUUUCUACAUGGCCGCGGUGAAGAUGAGCUCCAUCGCUGACUACUGGCGGAGGACAGCCUUUUCUCUCUGCCUUUUCCGCCACAGUUAUGUCAAGGGACAGAUAUCGCACCAUUUCAUGGAAUGUACACAUGAGUCACCCAGACGCAGACGAGGAAAACGACAGAAAGAGGGGCACAGCCCAACAUGA